CAAAAGAAAAGGAUUUGGGAGAGUGUUCUGAGCUCAGAGUCGAAAAUACGAGGCCUCUGUCUGUAGCCAUGGAAGUCGCCAUCCCUUCCGGUUUCUCUCUCCACGCGCGCACGUUAUCUUCAUCGUCGACUUCGAGAACUAGAAAUCCAAAUAGAGCCCUCAGCCCUUCUGCAAUUUCCGUUCCAUCUUCUUCUCUUACUAGCAAUUUCAUCCCUCCUUUCGUCGGUGGAAGUGUUUCAGGCGAUUUCUGCGGUCAGAAAAUCCGCCCCUCUUCGCUCAAUCCAUCCUUAUCAGGUUCCCACGGCAGAAGGGGCGUCGUCACCAUGGUAAUUCCCUUUCUGAGAGGAAGUGCAUGGGAGCAACCGCCUCCAGACUUGGCAUCUUACUUGUACAAGAAUCGGAUUGUGUACUUGGGAAUGACUCUUGUUCCGUCCGUUACAGAGCUGAUCCUUGCAGAGUUCCUGUACCUUCAGUAUGAGGAUGCGGAGAAGCCAAUUUACCUGUAUGUAAACUCUACUGGCACGACUAAGGGGGGAGAAAAGUUGGGUUAUGAGACUGAAGCUUUUGCAAUCUAUGAUGUCAUGAGGUAUGUGAAACCACCCAUUUUCACACUUUGUGUUGGUAAUGCUUGGGGAGAAGCAGCCUUACUUUUGGCUGCUGGUGCAAGAGGAAAUCGGGCUGCUUUGCCAUCAUCAACUAUCAUGAUAAAGCAGCCAAUUGCUAGGUUUCAAGGGCAAGCCACCGAUAUUGACCUCGCAAGGAAAGAAGUAAAAAAUGUCAAGGCAGAGUUGGUCAAACUCUAUUCAAGGCAUAUUGGAAAACCUCCUGAGCAGAUUGAGGAGGACAUCAGGCGCCCCAAAUACUUCAGUCCGAGUGAAGCGGUUGAAUAUGGCAUCAUCGAUAAGGUCUUGUACAAUGAAAGAGGCAGAGAAGACCGCAGCGUGGUUUCUGAACUGAAAAGAGCAGAACUUAUAUAGGAUCAGUCUAGAAGCAAAGAGGAUCGCAGGAAAAUGUAGUACGUGGGCCGCACCACACUACAUGAUUCCGUCCGAACCGUUUAUCUGGUGAGAUCGCAUUGUGAUUCAACGGCCACGGUGAAAGGAGUCCAUCGAUUAGGCAAUCUUGUCCGACCACCUUAAAGAACCCGCAUGCAGAAUGAACAUUGAACAGCUCCUAUUCGGAAGCGUGGGCCCCAUGAAUGUUGGAGAUCCCAAGGACUAAGGAACUGCCAAUUAUCAAUCUUUUCAUCUUUUCUUCCAAUCAAUAGCCAAUCUAUGGUAUGUUACGCAGCCACGGAGCCAGUUGGGCCCAGUCCAGCCCAACGGGUUUUCAAGGGUUAGGAUAAUUGAACAGAAAGAGGCCUGUAUCACAAAUGAGUAUGUAGGUCCUUUCUAUGUUUCAUUUUUAAAUUCCAUAUAGGACUGUUAAAACCUUUUGAUGAAUUUGAUUUCUCUAUUGUUGCUCACAA